AAGGAUCUCACAAUGAGAUUUUUUUAUGCUAAUCAAGUAGAUGUCACUUCCGCCCCUUCUAUUUGCGCCAUUUUGGAUCGGGCAGUUUCUAGGCUGGAUGUGUAUUGUCUGUCAGAGACAAGAAUGGGCAAAACCAUAUCGGUUGCCAGGCUGUCAUAGGAACACUUCAGAGCGUUUAUUUGAAAUAGUGGCUCUGCCGGUAGUUGUUGUCACAGUAGGGCAUGUGUCCGCCCUCACCACUCAGAAGAAUGGAGGUUUUCAUUGUCUAAUGAGCCUGGGAGGCUUUCUGUUCCCGUUUGCCGACCACAGGGAAGAGGAUAGCCCGUUUCAGCGAGAGAGAGUCGGGCUUGGAGGAUAGACCAACGGACGGACGGGUUGCUGGUUCUCUCCCACGAACAGUUGUCAACUGUACGGAUAUUAAGGAGCUCUCUGUGGAAAAGUAUCUAUACACCGCCGCCUCAGUCAUCCUGAGGUGGCACAUUUCACUCAAACGGGAGCAGUGGAUGUGAAAGCAGGUACACUUGUCCGUCAUAGUGUUGUCUGUAACAGUCCAAAUGAGAGCUAGCAGCGGCUACCUGUGUAGCAGUGAACUAACGUCACAGCUGAGGCUGGCAGAAUGUUCCAGCUCCCCGUCAAUAACCUGGGCAGUCUGCGGAAAGCGAGGAAAAAUGUCAAGAGGGUCCUGGUAGACAUCGGCUUGGAGUUCUGUAGAGAUCACGUAGAGGACUUCAAAGCCUAUACUCCUCCGGAGGUUUAUAUAAAGCACACUUGCUGGGAAGAUGUGUGCAUGUGGGAACCAUCACAUACCAAAGUCCAGGACUACAGAUCAAAGCCCUUCUGCUGCACCGGCUGCCUCUUUUCAUCCAAAUACUUCUCGGCGUACAAGAGCCAUUUCCGCAACGUCCACAGCGAGGACUUUGAGAACAACAUUCUGCUCAACUGUCCCUACUGCACUUACAAUGGCAACAAAAAGACGUUGGAAACGCACAUCAAACUGUUCCACAUGCCUAACAACGCCCUGCGGCAGGGCCCCGGUGGAAUGGUGGUGGGGGCCGGUGGGCUCGUGAUGAAAGACGGGGUGCUGAAAAGGACCGGGGACAGCGUGGAACAGGCGGUGUACUACUGCAAGAAGUGCACCUACAGGGACCCUUUGUACAAUGUGGUGCGCAAGCACAUCUACCGGGAACACUUCCAACAAGUGGCCCAGCCCUAUAUUGUGAAACCGGGAGAGAAGGCAAAAACUCAGAAUGGUUCCACAGAGAGUAACAACACAAACAGUGUGAACAGUAACCAGAUUCACUGCAAGAAGUGUCUCUUUGUCCCGCGGACCUACGAGGCUCUCGUCCAACACGUCAUCGAGGACCACGAGAGGAUUGGCUACCAGGUGACCGCCAUGAUCGGCCACACCAGUGUGAUAGUCCCCCGUCCCAAACCCCUCAUCAUGGUCCCGCCCAAAACCCACGGAGACAAGACCAUCAUUGGGAUGGGCCCUAAAGGUGCAGUCAUGGCCACCACCAGGUCUCCUGCCUCCCAGCUGGGCAGAGUCAUCAUCUCAUCAAAGGCGGGCUUCAAUGCUCAGAGUCUCCUAACGGGGAUGAAACAUGAUGUCAGGUUAAAGGGUCAGUCGUUCACUAUCGGCAGCCAGCAGGUGAGGGUGACUCUCCCGGGGAACGCCCAGGUUUCUGUUCCCCAGCAGUCGCAUGCAGCCAAGCAGCUUCUUUCCAGCAGCGGCCUGCGGAGUCCUGUUGUGCUCAACGCCUCUUCACUCAAAUCCAACUCUCUGGGAUCCCGGGUCCAGGCGGCAGGUACCACCGUAGCCUCCGUCACGGCCAAGAAAAGCGGCUCCUCAGUCCUCGGCACAUCCUACACCCAGAAGUGGAAAAUCUGCACCAUCUGCAACGAGCUCUUCCCGGAGAACGUGUACAGUGCUCACUUUGAGAAGGAGCACAAAGCAGAGAAGGUGCCAGCUGUUGCCAACUACAUCAUGAAGAUCCACAACUUCACCAGCAAGUGUCUGUACUGCAACCGCUAUCUGCCCAGCGACACGUUGUUGAACCACAUGUUGAUCCACGGGCUGUCCUGCCCGCACUGCCGCGCCAGCUUCAACGACGUGGAGAAGAUGGUGUCCCACAUGCGGCAGGCGCACCCCGAUGAGACCGUGGGCCCACGCACAGAUUCCCCCUUGACCUUUGACCUCACUCUGCAGCAGGGCAAUCCCAAGAAUGUUCAGUUGAUUGUCACUACCUACAACAUGAGAGACGCUCCCGAGGAGUCAGUGGCGUUUCACGCUCAAAACAACAACACCUCCGCAUCCUCAGCUCUGUCUGCCUCCCUAAUAUCAGGCAAGAGGUUAAUGCCUCUGCACCCCCCCAAAACAGCUUCAGGGGGAUCUGACAGUGCACCAACCAAGAGUGCUCCACAGGCAUCUGUGCCCUACAAGAGGGACGUGGGGAAGACGCUGUGUCCUCUUUGCUUCUCUAUCCUCAAGGGCCCCAUCUCAGACUCACUGGCCCACCACCUGAGAGAGAGGCACCAGGUGAUCCAGACUGUCCACCCUGUUGAAAAGAAACUGACCUACAAGUGUAUUCACUGCUUGGGGGUUUAUACUAGCAACAUGACGGCCUCCACCAUCACUCUACACCUGGUGCACUGUCGAGGUGUAGGGAAGACCCAAAAUGGGCAGGAGAGCCGGGCGGCUCACUCGCCUCGGGUCAGCCAGGCCCCGAGCAGCACUCAGAAACGGGCCAGCUUUGAUAGCUCUGACAGCAGUGCGCCAAAACGAAGGAAGCCCCCUGGAGAAAGGGCCAACCCACGGGACAACGGUCCAUCUACGUUUGUAGAAGACCCAGAUGAACCUGUAAUUCUGGCGCUUGAUCCCAAAGGGCAUGAAAACGAUUCGUACGAAUCCAGGAAGGCGUUCCUAACGCAGUAUUUCAAUCAAGCACCGUAUCCCACACAGCGAGAGGUGGAGAAGCUGGCAGCCAAUCUGUGGCUGUGGAAGUCGGACAUCUCCAGCCACUUUGUGAACAAAAGGAGGAAAUGUGUGCAGGAAUGUGAAAGCCAGAACCCUGGCGUGUUUCUCGGGUUCAGCAUGCACGAGCUGAGCAGAGUGAGCCACGAGCUGGACAUCGUGCAGGACACCGUGUUGGAGGGCAAGCCGAGCAAGGGGCGGACCUCCAGGACGCACAUAGGGGUGUCAGAGCAGGCUCUCCGGAAACAUAGGGAGCUUGCAGCUGCUAAUGGUGGGCUGGCCCCCCCACAGAAGGGAUCUGCGGAGUGUACCAAAGGAGCGCCAUCUGCACCAAAACCCAACAGUGCCAGCACAGACCAAACCAAGACAAUCAACAGCACCUUAGCACAGAAAAUACCUCUAGACCUGUCGGAGCCCAUCGCCAUCGACUCUGACAGCGAGGAGGACGAGCAGCAGAGUGAUAACAAGCAGCGAGAGGGAGAGGUACGUCUCCAUGGAAACAAACAGCUUGCUGGAGCUGACAAGAGAAUGGAGCCGGGGACAGGUGCUAAGAUAGUUUCAGAUCUAGACGACUUGUCAGACGAAGAGGAUGACGACGAAGACGAUGACGACGACGACGAGGACGACGAAGAUGAGGAGGAGGCACAUGUAGCGAACGGCUUCGGACCCACGGAGGGCUCAGAGAGACAGGUUGCCAAAGGAAGAGACUCUCUACCUAUCAUUAUUCCCAAGUUUGUACCAUCAGCGGCGAGGAGCAGGAGGGACAGGGCCCAGCUGGGCAAACAGCAGGUCUGAAUCAAAAACUUUUAGAUUUGAUCCACGCCAACAAAUCUGCCUCGCCUGCACUGAAGGACACGGCCCGGUCACAUCGGGUAUCUGUGAAGGAGGGAGCGAUGAGGAGAGAAAUCAAAACAAGCCAUCCAAUGAAUUGUAUAGGCUCAACAAGCAGCUAGGGAAGAUGUAAAGAUUUGUCAACAAAAGUUUCAAUGUUUGACACUGGAGAAGUCACACCAAACAAAUAGGACGUUUUUUGCCUUCUAUAUUCUUUAUUACAUUGAGAUGAGGAGCUUUUAUUCAGCCACUGAACUCGUAAGCGUGGUGUAAAAUAUUGAGUUGUUGUGAGGUUAAGCUUUUUAAGCUGGCCAGAUAAUUCAUCAUUUUUCAUGUAGUAACACCGCGAUGCUAAUGUAUAUUUGUACAGUCUUUUAGACAUGUUUGGACAGACGUUUCCGUACAUGUACCCCUGGAUAUUUGCUAUUACCUGUGUGUAAGGUAACCUCAUAUGUUCUACAUUGGUAUGCUUAACGAUAGUUGUCGCUUUGGUGGCUGGUAUUUCUUUUUUUAUAAAAACCUAGUUUUUUUGCAAAAUAAUAUAUCUAUAUAUGAAAUAACAUUUGAUUUAUUUUUGCUUUAACACUGAUUAUUUUUUUCAUUUUUAUUUUUGUUAUGAUUUCUCUUCUGAAAGGAUAGUGGUGUCAGGCUAUUUCCCCACAGAUUAAAGGGGCAUUUCAUCAACUUUCUGCAGCCUCAUGCUCUAUGCGUUGACUGUACCAUUCUCACUUUCUAUUUUUACAAUUCUAACUUGAUGUUUCUUUGCUCAACAAGACUGGACAGUAGGAAGCAUACGGAGUCCCACAACAGUGAAAGUUAUUAUUCAAUUUGUGUUAUUUGAAUUGUGUGUAUUUGUUUUAAUGUUUUCAUUUUUCAUUUGAGCAUUUAUGAAAAAUAAAGUGCUGUUACUGUGCUUCUCACUGAAA